CCUUUCUUAGCUAUAACUUACAGGCUAAACUGUUCUUACGCAUCUCCUACCGAAACCUCGCCACUAUGGCUACUGCAGCAUAAUCCAACAACCUCAUCCUUAUGGCUUGGGCCCUGACUGCAUCUUCGGCGAUUAACAGACGUUUUGUUUCACGCGGCCAACCGACCAGCAUCGUUUACGGACAACCUCACGACGGCUGUAUUGUACCUAAGAGUAGAGAUCAAGAUACGAGAGCUGUGCAAUUAUACCGCACAAUACCUCGACGAAUGCGUUUGUUGGAAGCCUUGGUUGUGAUUCACGCCACGGGUGAGAAGCAUGGCCUGACGUCGCCAUAUGAUGCCUUCCGGUGGGUGAGGCAUGGAUCGACGUCAAGGCGACUGCGGCGAAUCAUCGGCAUGUCGAGGUGACACAUACAAAG